AUGGCUGCUCAUGGAGACGGAUUCUCAGAAGUUUCAAUGGAAGAUUUGAUGGGUCAGGUAGAGAAUCGGCAGAUUUCGACCAUCGUCUUCAUCAUCGCUAUGCAAAAGGAAGCUCAGCCUCUGAUCAACAGACUCCGCCUCGUUAAAGACGUUAAUUCGCCGUUUCCAAAAGAAGUGACUUGGGUUCUGUUUAAUGGAAUGUAUAAAGACUUGAACAUCAGUAUAGUGUGUCCAGGAAAAGAUUCAACUCUUGGGGUUGAUAGCGUAGGCACGGUUCCUGCAUCGCUCGUGACUUAUGCUUCCAUUCAAGCGAUGAAGCCCGACUUAAUCAUUAAUGCGGGAACCGCUGGUGGGUUUAAGGCCAAAGGAGCAAGUAUCGCCGAUGUUUAUAUUGUCUCCAGUGCUGCUUUCCAUGACAGAAGAAUACCUGUUCCUGGCCUUGAUCUAUAUGGUGUUGGUAUGCGGAAAGCCUUCCCUACACCCAAUCUUAUAAAGGAGCUGAACUUAAAGGUAGGAAGAUUAUCCACUGGCGAUUCUAUGGAUAUGCCUCCACAUGACAAAGAUUCCAUCACUGCAAAUGAUGCUACAGUUAAAGACAUGGAGGGAGCAGCAGUUGUCUAUGUGGCUGAUAUUUUUAAGGUUCCUACGAUUUUGUUAAAAGGAGUGACUGAUAUAGUUGAUGGAAAUAGACCAACUUCAGAAGAAUUUUUGGAGAACUUAGCUGCAGUCACUGCCAAACUUGAUGAGUCAGUUACCAAAGUGAUUGACUUCAUCAAUGGGAAAUGUCUCUCAGACCUCUGA